AUGGCGACCGAGGUACCUCAGCACGUCAUACGCCCAGCAUUGAGCGUAGAAGAAGCAUCAGCAUUAUGGUGGCCACUGAUGCAAGAUCUCGGAUGGAACCGCGCACAAGCCGACGCCCAAACGCAUUUUCAAGUCGCCCAGAAUGGCAAGAAUUGGCUCCUGCUCAUUCCAAAAGAGGCGGGCAAACCUGAAGGGUGCGUGAUAGCAUUUACCUACCUUAAUAGUACGGGCUGGGUGGCUUUCUUUAUCUUGAACGCUGCAUUUCGUGGCCAGGGACUCGGCCGCCAAUUGUGGAGCGAGAUGGAAUCUGUUUUCCACGCCGAUGGCACAACAGUCAUAGGACUAGACGGCGUGCAAGAGCAGGUUGAGACGUAUAAGAGAAGGGGUUUUGUGGAUUGUGCACGGAUUCCGUUGAUGGUUAGAGACUCUUUGAAAGUGAGACCAAUGGAUGUGGAACUCGAUUUACGCGAGGGUGUGGAAUUGCAAGAUUUGCGAGAUAUCGAUCCCAAACUGUUGGCGCAACUCGACCUUGAGCACACCGGCUUAGAUCGCUCUGCAUACUGGGCUGCUGACGCCCUUCUUUCUCGCAUCGAAGCCUCUGGCUUCGCAAUCGUGUCCAACUCCCACCUCAAUGGGUUUGUGUACGCCCGUCACUGCGAGCAUGGGCGUCGCAUUGGUCCUUUAUACGCAGAAACGUAUGCGCAAGCGAAGCAGCUCCUGCAUAAAGCGAUGGACGACUCCGCACUCUCGGAAAGGGGCUACGUUGCAGAGAUUUUUGGGACUAAUCCGGCGGGGAAGAAGGUCUUCGAGGAGCUCGGUUGGACGUACGCGGAUGUUAGUUAUCAUCGCAUGUGGUUGCAUGGCAAGAUUCCCGAAGAGCAACAAGAGGGUGGGAAAGGAGCGAAAGGGAUGUUUGCGAUCUUUGAUGCGUGCGCUGGGUAG